AUGUCUCUUCAAUUGACUGAAUUCGUCAAGCGGCCAGGUGUUGGCAAGGUUGGCAAACCCGUUCGUGUCCGUUCCAACUUCUUUGAAGUCACUUCUUUCCCCACUGGAAACAUUCAUCACUACGAUGUCACCAUUGAUCCUCCAAGCGCUCCCCCAGCUCUUUAUCGCAAGGUGUGGAAGGCCUUUGAAGACCAAGACGGUCAAGGUGUUUUGACUGGUAUCAAGGCAGUCUUUGAUGGUCGCAAGAACGCUUUCUCUCCUAAGGUGUUGCCUUUGGGUGAAGAACAAGCCAAGGCUUUCAAUGUCACUCUCACUGACUCAGAUGCCCAAUCCAAGCGUGCCGGUGGUGGUGAAUUCACCAUUCGUAUCAAGAAGGCUGGUGAAAUCAACAUGGAAGAACUUAGCCGUUUCCUCAAUGGUCAAGCCUCUCAAUCCAACAACUGCUUGACUGCCGUCAUGUUCUUGGACAUUUUGAUUCGUCAUGUUCCUAGCACCAUGUAUGCCACCGUUGGCCGUUCUUUCUACACUGAUCAUGACAAGCGUGCUUUGCCUGGUGGUGCCGAAGUUUGGCAAGGUUUCUAUCAAUCUGCUCGUCCUGGUGUUGGCAAAAUGUACAUCAACUUGGACGUCAGCGCUACUGCUUUCCAUGAAGCUGGUCCUCUUCCAGGUCUUGUCGCCAAGUACUUGAACCGCCGUUCCGUUGAUGAACUUCGUCGUGGUAUCACUGAUCGUGACAUCAAGAAGCUUGAAAAGCAACUCAAGGGUUUGAAGAUCGCUAUCGUCCAUCGUGGUGAAAAGAACCGCAAGUACAAGGUCACCAAGCUCACCCCAAGCCCUGCCGAUCGUACCUCUUUCAAGGACCAAGACGGCAAUGAGAUGACCGUUGCUGCCUACUUUGCCAAGCAAUACAACAUGCGUCUCUCCUUCCCCUUCUUGCCUUGCGUUGUUGUCAAGCGUGAUAUCUUCUUGCCCAUGGAAGUGUGUGAAUUGCUCCCUGGUCAACGCCUCACCAAGAAGUUGAAUGAAAAGCAAACCGCUGAUAUGAUCAAGUUCACUUGUCAAAAGCCCCACGUUCGUGCCAACAAGAUCAAUCAAGGUCUCCAAUUGUUGCAAUACCGCAACAACCAAUACUUGCAACAAUGCAACAUGACCGUCAAGCCUGAAAUGACCACUGUCAACGCUCGCGUGUUGCCAACUCCUCAAAUCUCUUAUGCCAACAACGCUCCCGAUAGCACCUUUGCUCCUCGUGAUGGCGCUUGGAACUUGCGUGGCAAGAAGCUCGCACAAGGUGCCGUUUUGGGCUCAUGGUCUGUUGUCAACUUUGCUUCUCAAGUGCCCAUGCCUGCUAUUCAACGCUUCGUUCGUGAGAUGAGUCAAACUUUCAUUGAUACUGGCUUGAAUGUUGUUAACCGCACUCCUCCCAUCACCAAUGCUGACCCCAACGGUAACAUCGACCGUACGCUCAAGGAAGCUUGGCUCAAGGCUGGUAACGCUGCUAAGGCCAACCCUCAAUUGAUCCUCUGUAUCUUGCCCAACACUGGUACUCCUCUUUAUGCUGAGAUCAAGCGUAUCUCUGAUACUGUCAUUGGUAUCCCUACUCAAUGCGUCCAAAGCAAGCACAUCGCUGAUGCCAAGAAGCAAUACUGCGCCAACGUGUGUCUCAAGGUCAACAUGAAGCUUGGUGGCAUGAAUUUAUACUUGUCUCCUCCUCAAAUUCCUUUCAUCUCUCAACGCCCUACUAUCAUCUUUGGUGCUGAUGUCACCCAUCCUGCUCCUGGUGAUAUGAAUCGUCCUUCCGUUGCUGCUGUCACCGCAAGUAUGGAUGCUCGUGCUUCUCGCUAUGCUAGUGCCAUUCGUGUCCAAGCCAACCGCACUGAAAUGAUUGCUGAUUUGGGUAACAUGGUCAAGGAACUCCUCAAGAGCUUCUAUCAAUCUUGUGGUCAAAAGCCCGAACGUAUGUUGUUCUAUCGUGAUGGUGUCUCCGAGGGUCAAUUCUCUGAGGUCUUGCACAGCGAAAUUAAGCAAAUCAAGGAUGCAUGUGCUUCGCUUGAUCGAUCCUACAAGCCUACUAUCUCUUUCGUUGUCGUUCAAAAGCGUCACCACGCCCGCUUCUUCCCCAUGGAACAACGCGAUGCUGAUCGUUCUGGCAACUGUAUGCCUGGCACUGUUGUCGACUCCACCAUUGUUCAUCCCUUCGAGUUUGACUUUUACUUGCAAUCUCAUGCUGGUCUUCAAGGCACUUCUCGCCCUACCCACUACCACGUCUUGUAUGAUGAAAACAACUUCACCCCUGACUCUCUUCAAGAAUUGACUUAUCGUCUCUGCUACAUCUACGGUCGUGCUACCCGCGCUGUUUCUAUUGUACCACCCGCCUACUAUGCCGAUUUGGUUGCUGCCCGUGCACGCUUCCAUCGUCGUGGUGAAAACUGGUCUGAUACUGAGGCCACUUCUGAAUCAUUGGAUCCUGAGCAACAAAUGGCUUCCUUCGCUGUUGUCAAACCUGAAUUGCAAAAGGUCAUGUAUUACAUGUAA